UCACGAUGAGGUAUCCUCCGGGUUAGCAAUCCAGAGGAGGAUGACCAUGGCAAUCGGACGACCAAUGCCGCCGGUAAUUUUGGAUGAGGUGGAGCGUGAAACCCUGGUACGGUGGGUUCGCCGUCCGAAAACGGCGCAAGCUUUGGCGCUGCGGGCCAGAAUGAUUUUGGGCUGUGCCGAAGGCCGCAGCAAUACCACGGUGGGCGCCGACCUGGGAGUGUCCGAUGAGACGGUGGGGAAGUGGCGUUCCCGGUUCCUGGAACGGAGGCUGGACGGACUGUCGGACGAACCGCGCAGCGGACGGCCUCGAGCGGUUACCGAUGACCACGUGGAGCGUGUGAUUACGCUGACGCUGGAGACCACCCCCAAGGACGCGACCCACUGGAGCACCCGGUCCAUGGCCCAGCGCAGCGGGCUGAGCCACAACACGGUCAGCCGCAUCUGGCGGGCCUUCGGAUUGCAGCCCCACCGCACGGAGACCUUCAAGCUGUCGGCAGACCCCUUCUUCAUCGAGAAGGUCAGGGACGUUGUGGGGCUAUACCUGAAUCCACCGGAUCGGGCGUUGGUCCUGUGCGUGGACGAGAAUUCCCAGAUCCAGGCGUUGGAUCGCACCCGUCCGCUAUUGCCCAUGCGCCCGGGACAGGUGGAACGGCGCACCCAUGAUUACGUGGAUUACCUGCGUCACGGCACCACUUCGCUGUUCGCCGCCUUGGACACCAGGACCGGCAAGGUGAUUGGUCGUUGCCACCAACGGCACCGGGCCGUGGAGUUCCGCAAAUUCCUCGAUACCAUCGAGGCCGAGGUGCCCGCCGACCUCGACGUCCACCUGAUCGCGGACAACUACGCCACCCACAAGACGGCGCUGAUCCGCAACUGGCUGGCCAAGCGGCCCCGCUUCCAUAUGCACUUCACACCCACCAGCGCCUCCUGGCUGAACCUGGUGGAGCGCUGGUUCGGUCUGCUCACCGAAAAGCAGUUGCGCCGUGGGGUGCAUCAGAGCAGCGCCGAACUGGAGGCUGCCAUCUACCGCUAUCUGGACGUCACCAACGAAGAUCCCCAACCUUUUGUCUGGACCCAGACCGCCAACCAAAUACUGGCCAACGUUGCCCGCUUUUGCCAACGUACUUUGGAUACAGGACACUAGAAAUCUGGCCGGAAACUGGCUUCAGCCGGGCGGGCGGCUAUACUUGGGGCAUCAAGAAAUAGCGAGGGCGGAGAAUGCUGGGAGAGCGAUCAGAUCAGAGGGGUCUCUGGGAAGCGGACCGGUUGUACCUGGACCACGUGGGGCGGGACACCUUCUACGGUCUGCUGGCCUCGCUGCGGGGCCGGUUGUUCCGAGACGCCGAUUUCGCCGAGUUCUACUGCCCGGACAACGGCCGGGACAGCGUGCCGCCCAGCCUGCUGGCGACGGCGCUGCUGCUCCAGUCCCACGACAAGGUGAGCGACGCCGAGGCCAAGGCCCGGGCUGACUUUGACCUCCGCUGGAAGGUGGCCCUGGGGAUUGAGGUGGAGGACCGGCCCUUUGCCAAGAGCACAUUGCAGGUGUUCCGCGCCCAGCUGAUCCUGCACGACAAAGUGCGGGAGGUGUUCGAGUCCAGCCUGCGGCUGGCCCGGGAGUCGGGCUACCUGAAAAAGCGGAGCAUGAAGGUGGCGCUGGACACGACCAACAUCCUGGGGCGGGGCGCGGUCAAGGACACCUGCAACCUGUUGGCCGACGGGAUCGUCCAACUGCUGCGGACGCUGGCGGCAGUGGAGAAGAUCACCGUCAAAGAAUGGGGCAAGGCCCAGGGAUACGGGCGGUACCUUGCCUCCAGUAUCAAGGGCGAGGCCGCCAUCGACUGGAGCGACAAACGGGCGCGGCAGACCCUGCUGGCCGAGAUUGUGAGAGACGCGGACCGGUUGUUGGAGCUGUCGCGGCAGGCGCAGGGGGAGUUGACCAAGGACGGUGAGGAGCGGCAGCACAUCGUGACGGCGGCGGAGUUGCUGGGGCAGUUGCUGCUCCAGGACGUGGAACGAGUUGAGGGCGGCGUGAGCCUCAAGGAUGGAGUGAGCCGGGACCGGAUGAUGUCGGUGCAUGAUCCGGAGAUGCGCCACGGCCACAAGAGCAGCAGCCGGCGCUUUGACGGGCACAAGGCGGCGAUUGUGGUGGAUACCGAUUCCCAGCUGAUCACCGCCGUGGCGGUACUGCCCGGCAACGCUCCGGACAACCUGGGGGCGCUGGAACUGGUGGAACAGAGCGAGGCCAACACCGGUGUACCGGUGCAGGAGGCCAUGGGCGACGCCGCCUAUGGGGACGGAGCUACCAGGCAGACCUUCGCCGAUGUGGGCCGCAAGCUGGUAGCCCGGGUGCCAGGCCGGCCCGACCGGAAGCACUUUCCCAAGGAUGACUUUGUCAUCGACCUGGCCGCGGGCAGUUGCACCUGUCCGGCGGGACAGGUCACCCACACCAUCGUGCCAGCGGGAAAGCGGACGGAUGCCGCGGGGCGGGUAUACCGC